AUGCAUCCCACAAACAACUGGUCCAUUCACUCCAUCGCGGGAGCUUUCAUGGUCGGUCUAGUUCCCCAUGGAUACUACGUCCUUAAACUCGCCUCAAUAGGAAAGUUAUCCAAUAUACUCCCUCGAGACCACUUUUCCUCACUCAAAGGGCGCAUCCCAACAGAGACAUGGAGUAAGCUUUGUCGUGCACAAGGUGCGCAUCUUAAUGCUAUGGAAUGUCUUCCUUUGUUUGCAGCUGCAAUGAUCGCAGGAAAUGUCGCGAAACUCCCAGCCACCGACCUGAAUACAAUUGCGGCUGAAUACAUCGGCGCACGCGUCAUCUACACUGCCUUAUAUAUGGGUGUCAAGUCGGAGGCCGUCAGUUAUUUGCGAACUGGAGUGUGGGCGUGGAGUGUCGGGUUGCCCCUAUGGGGUCUGAUUAAGGCUGGGAGAGCGCUUGCGGCUGCUGAGUGA